CUACAGAGAUCCAUGAUGUCCCAGCAGAGACUCGUUCUGGAUGGACUCUGGCGUUGUCUUUGUCCCUCAUUUACUCUCAAGACACUUAAGCGGCACAGUGUCGUUCGUCCAGCAAAGCCAGGCUCGCGACCUCUUUCAUCAACGCUUCUCCCACCGCCGUUAUCCGCGUGCCAUCAAAGAUACUACAGCACCAAUUCCUCUGGGGACGUAGACAGACAUGAGGCGCCAGGAGAUCGAUCCUACGCGAUAGAUAUCCACACCGAUACUCUACCGGACCAAGAAUUCUCCCACAUAAAGGGCGCGGAUAACAAGAUAGAACAGCUGCUGGGCUAUCGCAAGUCAUGGCAGACACACGGUGUGCCGGAGCAGCUCCAGCACUGGUCCACAGCAAAGUUAGAGGCUAAGCUUCGAAAUAUUGCAGAUAGACGUCCAAACGUCCACAGUGCGACACAAAUCCUGCGGCUUCUAAUUCGAGACCGUUGUAUUCGUCCUGAAGGGAGGCAUUAUAAGUGGCUUAUACAAUGUAACGCCGAUCCUGAUCGCGGGACACCAAUUCUAGUCCGACGACUACUUGCGGAGAUGGACGAGAAUGGCAUCCCAGCGGAUUCUGGGACACUUCAUGCUGCACUGCAGGCCAUUGCGGUUCACCCGGAUUCCCUCCUCCGCCAAGAUAUCUUACGUGCACUUCGAGAUCGCUGGCUACCGCUCAGUCCAGACGGGUGGCAUUAUGUGGUAGCUGGCCUGAUUAGAGAACACCAGUUCGAAUUGGCCCUGGAUCAUAUUGCAAACAUGGAGAGGAAGGAUAUACCGGUCCAAGAUUGGCUCCAUAGCCUUCUCAUCUAUUACCUUUGCGAGUUUAACGAAUUUGACCAGAUCGAGCAACUAAUGCGUUCCCGCUUAAGCCAAGGCCAUGAAAUGACACCCGAGCUAUGGACCCAUGUCCUCGAUCGGGCAACUACCUCACUCCAUUACGGCGCCACUUGCUUCAUAUGGGGAAGAAAAGUUGAAUUGGGCUAUCUUCAUCCAGAGCAUUGGUUGUGCAGCAAAGUGCUGGAGGUAGCGGCCUCUGAGGGCGAUACCAAGCUUGCCGCAUCAGUAGUCAACUUUCUUACCCACAACAGUCUGCCCCUCGAACCCCAGGACUAUGAAAACCUGUCCGAUGCCCACCUCGUGUCUGGUAAUUUAUACGCUGCGUUUGAGGUGCUGUGUAAAAUGCAUCAGGAUGGUCUCGCAUUGCGAUCAAGCUCUACACAAGCUAUCAUUGCGCAUAGCCUUAGAGAACAUACCCACGUACGGGAUGUGUGGGCUGUUCUCAAAGAACUAAAGGCCGCGGGGCAUGAAAUCCCGCUCGCCUGCGCCGGAGUGGUCAUUGAGAUGUGCGAGCACAACGCCAAGGAUGACCCAUUCGAGGUUGAUGAUGGAAUUGCAUUUUAUAAGGAACUCUAUACGCUUUGUAAUGAACAGCCAGACACCGCCACAUUCACCUCUCUUAUCAGCAUGUGCCACCGGGCUAAAAAUACCGAGGCAGCGAUGUUUAUUGUCAAGGAAAUGGCAGCCUUCAAUGUGUUACCGGAUGCCCGGACGUUCGAGCGCCUCGUUAUCAUGUGCCUCCAAUCGGGCAAUUUCGAAUCGGCGUAUAUGUACUUUCACGAUUUGCAGGAACGAGGGUUCCAUCCUAGCCCGGAAGCACGCACUGAGAUCCGCGAGCUUUGUGCGGAAUCGAAUGACGACUUUGCCAUUGAAUUGAAGUAUCACCCGGAUAUCCACGACGGACUAGUGCGGAGUCCCGCCGAUGAGAUAAAGGCUGCGGAAGGGAUGGCGCUGUUUCAGAAAGUCCGAAGUGAGUCAACCGGGGCAUUUGCCGACCUUCCCCAACAGGUCAAAGCCCGAGACUCCCAGCGGGAAGAGAACCGACAAAUGUACCUGAAAAUGUCCAAGGACGAGCGCCGGCAAUACAACAAGGAGCGCCGGAAGAGAAAGAGAAGACGGCUGGCGAUUGCGAGGGCGCAACAAGAGGAUGAUUGGAUGGACUACGAGCCUGGUGGCCUCAUUCCUGAGGAUCAGCUGAACUCUAAGAAACCCGCCAGUGAAUAAGGAUAUGGAAAUGGGCCCUAUAUAUGUGUACAUAUGUACAUAUGUAUGUAUGUAUGUAUGUAUUUAAGUAAUUUUUAAGCAUUGAAAGAUGGUAUCCCUCGUUUUUAAGGGUCCAAGGAUCGAAUGACGGUUUUUGAUGUAUACAGUACAAGUCAACCUGGAAGACGCAAU